GAGGACGCUGCCGAGAGGGAGCGCGGCGGCGGGCGGACGAGAUGCGAGUGCGGCGGCUCUGGGCCGCGGUGCUGAUGGUGGGGGCGCUGGCGGGCGUCGGCGUCGGAGGGCCCAACAUCUGUGCCACACGAGGUGUGAGCUCCUGUCAGCAAUGUCUGGCUGUGAAUCCCAUGUGUGCCUGGUGUUCAGAUGAGGCGCUGUCUCCAGGUUCGCCCCGCUGUAACCUGAAGGAGAACCUGCUGAAGGAUAACUGCGCCCUGGAGUCCAUCGAGUUCCCGAUCAGCGAGGCCAGAAUCCUGGAGGCUAGGCCCCUCAGUGACAAGGGCACUGGAGACAGCUCCCAGAUUACCCAAGUCAGUCCCCAGAGGAUUGCCCUCCGCCUCCGGCCAGAUGAUUCGAAGAUUUUCUCCGUCCAAGUUCGGCAGGUGGAAGAUUACCCUGUGGACAUCUACUACUUAAUGGACUUGUCUUACUCCAUGAAGGAUGACCUGCGGAACAUCCAGACCCUGGGUACCAAGCUGGCCUCCCAGAUGCGUAAGCUCACCAGUAACCUGCGGAUUGGCUUCGGGGCCUUUGUGGACAAGCCCGUGUCACCAUACAUGUAUAUUUCUCCACCAGAGGCCAUCAGAAACCCUUGCUAUGAUAUGAAGGCUACCUGUUUGCCCAUGUUCGGCUACAAACAUGUGCUGACACUAACUGACCAGGUGACCCGCUUCAAUGAGGAGGUGAAGAAGCAGAGUGUGUCACGGAACCGAGAUGCCCCAGAGGGUGGUUUUGAUGCCAUCAUGCAGGCUACCGUCUGUGAUGAGAAGAUUGGCUGGAGGAAUGAUGCCUCCCACUUGCUGGUGUUUACCACUGAUGCCAAGACCCAUAUAGCGCUGGAUGGAAGGCUGGCAGGCAUCGUCCAGCCCAAUGAUGGGCAGUGUCAUGUGGGCAGUGACAACCAUUAUUCUGCCUCCACCACCAUGGAUUAUCCCUCCUUGGGGCUGAUGACUGAGAAGCUAUCCCAGAAAAACAUCAAUUUGAUUUUUGCAGUGACUGAAAGUGUAGUCAAUCUUUACCAGAACUAUAGUGAGCUCAUCCCAGGGACCACAGUGGGGGUUCUGUCUACUGAUUCCAGCAAUGUUCUCCAGCUCAUUGUGGAUGCUUAUGGGAAAAUCCGCUCUAAAGUAGAGCUGGAAGUGCGUGACCUCCCCGAGGAGCUGUCCUUAUCCUUCAACGCCACAUGUCUCAACAACGAAGUCAUCCCAGGCCUGAAGUCUUGUGUCGGACUCAAGAUUGGAGACACGGUGAGCUUCAGCAUUGAGGCCAAAGUGCGUGGCUGCCCCCAGAAGAAGGAGAAGUCCUUCACCAUCAAGCCUGUGGGCUUCAAAGACAGCCUCACCGUGCAGGUCACUUUCGACUGUGACUGUGCCUGCCAGGCCGAGGCUGAGCCUCACAGCCCCCGCUGCAACAAUGGCAAUGGGACCUUUGAGUGUGGGGUGUGCCGCUGUGGGCCUGGCUGGUUGGGGUCCCAGUGCGAGUGCUCGGAAGAGGACUACCGCCCCUCGCAGCAGGACGAGUGCAGCCCCCGGGAGGGCCAGCCCAUCUGCAGCCAGCGGGGCGAGUGUCUCUGUGGCCAGUGCGUCUGCCACAGCAGUGACUUUGGCAAGAUCACGGGCAAGUACUGCGAGUGUGACGACUUCUCCUGUGUCCGCUACAAGGGGGAGAUGUGCUCAGGCCAUGGCCAGUGCAGCUGCGGGGACUGCCUAUGUGACUCCGACUGGACCGGCUACUACUGCAACUGUACCACGCGCACGGACACCUGCAUGUCCAGCAACGGGUUGCUGUGCAGCGGGCGGGGCAAGUGCGAGUGCGGCGGCUGUGUCUGCAUCCAGCCCGGCUCCUACGGGGACACCUGUGAGAAGUGUCCCACCUGCCCUGAUGCCUGCACCUUUAAGAAGGAGUGUGUGGAAUGUAAGAAGUUUAACCGGGGAACACUCAACGAGGAAAAUACCUGCAACCGUUAUUGUCGUGAUGAGAUUGAACCUGUGAAGGAACUUAAGGACACUGGCAAGGAUGCUGUGAAUUGUACCUACAAGAAUGAGGAUGACUGUGUUGUCAGAUUCCAGUACUACGAAGACUCCAGUGGAAAGUCCAUUUUGUAUGUGGUAGAAGAGCCAGAGUGUCCCAAGGGCCCUGACAUCCUGGUGGUCUUGCUGUCCGUGAUGGGGGCCAUUCUGCUCAUCGGCCUUGCGACUCUGCUCAUCUGGAAGCUUCUCAUCACCAUCCAUGACCGGAAGGAGUUUGCUAAAUUUGAAGAAGAGAGAGCCAGAGCCAAAUGGGACACUGCCAACAACCCGCUGUAUAAAGAGGCCACGUCCACCUUCACCAACAUCACCUACCGGGGCACUUAAAGAGCAGUCAUCCCAGGAUCACUCUUGGACUGUGCCCAGGAUCGCGGAUGUCUCUGCUUGUCAUGUUUACAGGGGGCAACACCUGUGGGGCGGGAUUGAGGGCUUGGAGUGGGGUGGGCUGGAAGAAUGUGGGUCUGUGUGUGUGUGUGUGUGUGUGUGUAUGUGUGAUACGUGUAGGGGGAGUGUAUAAUUUAAAACCUGUGUCCCAGAUGAGCGAAGCUCCUCAGUCUUUGUCCUCAGAAUGCCUCCUUCCUUCAGGGAGUUUUCCUGCUUAACCUGAGGGUGACCUACAUCGCUGAGCAGGUGUUCUUUAUUACCUCAGUGGGCGGCCAACUUUCCUUCUCAGGACAGUCUCUUGGAGAGGAGGGCAGGGCCAAGGACUCUCGUUCCAGAGAGAGGGACCUUGGUUUACCUCGUAUUUCUGGUUCUCGGGCCUGACUCAGCAGCUCUGGUGGGAGCUGCUGGGCUUGAGGCCUUGUUGUGUCAUUCGAGCCUCUGUCUCUUGUCCCUUCCCUCAGGCUGAGGGAGACAUCAGGGGAAAGCUGAACCAUCAGGCCUGCCUGUCUUUGCCGUCACCUCAACCCAGCAUAGUUCUCUACUAAGGGAAGUCCUUGCUGUCUAGUCUUCGAUCUACUGGGAGAUAGGCUGGCGCUGGGGAGCGGGAGGACAUGCAUGACCUGGGGUUAAGGUGCCCGGGCUCCCCCAUUCAUGAUCAUACCCUUCAGAUUUGCCUUAUUGGCAGCUCCUUCCUAGAGAUUCCUUUAGAAGUUGUGUGUCACCCUUAGCCAGCAUCACCUCUUUGGCUCCCAUCCCAUCCUUUCACUGCUAUAGACAUUUGUUAUGUACUGGGAGGGGCUUCCCCGGUGGCUCAGUGGGUAAGGAAUCUGCCUGCAAUGCAGGGAAUGCAGAAGGCGUGGGUUCAAUCCCUGGGUCAGGAAGAUCCCUUGGAGGAGGGCAUGGCAAUCCACUCCGGUAUUCUUGCCUGGAGAAUCCCAUGGACAGAGGAGCCUGGUGGGCUACAGUCCACGGGGUUGUGGAGUCAGACACGACUGAAGUGACCAAGCAUGCACCCUCGCACAUAUACUGGGAAUUUCUCUCAUGACCAAAGGCUUUGCCUUCCAGGGAGAGUGCUGUGGUUAGAGUCAGAGGUCUGGCCUCACCCUUCAGGCCUUCUGUCCCAUGUUCAAGGCACCUCCACACACCCAAUUCUGUGCUUCUAUGUGCUACACCCACCCAUGGGGCUGAUUGCAUUUAUCUACCUCUUGGGUGUCUUGUGAAGGAAUCAUUCCCAUGGGACUCUGAGUCUGCUGGGCAUAAGUGCCAGGGUGGAAGGAUGGGCCAGGUGAAUCAGCAGGUGUGGGCCAUCUUCCUGUGGGCUGGGCAACCUCAUUUGAACUCAGUCUUUAAUUUGAGAGGCCACAAGUGGAAUUUUGUUUUUCUCAUUGGGACACCUGAAAUCAGGAUGAGGCUUGCUGAAUCUAAAGGAGCAUAUAUAUAAACACACUUGCAUUAUAUUUGUAAUUUCAUUUGAUGAUGAGGAAGAAAAGGAUGAAAAGCCACACCGACUUGAGCUGGGUGCAGACACGCCCACUUGGCAUCAUUCAUAAGAAGUCACUACCCCAUUGCUGGGUCUGUAAGGGCUCUCUCAUUCUGGGAGCUUGCAGGGUUGGACACAUGGACACGCUGGACCUCUCCCAAGGAGGAGGAGGAAAAUGGGCUGUGCUUUUUUUUUUCCCCUAGCAAAAGCAGUUGCUCCAUUGGUGUUUACAUUUAUUCAACAUUAAUCACCACCACCACUCCCUGAGAAAAAGGGAAGGGCCUAUAAAAACAGGGGUCUGAUGAUAAAAAAAAAAUCUAGGUUCUGACCUCAGUGUUACAGCUAAGGAGCUUUAACCUUAAUUAAGGCAAGUCUUCUCCCUGGGGCUCAGUUUUCUAGUUUGAAAAAUGAUGCAUUUUGCCUAGCCAAUCUAGGAGGUCUCUGUCAGUAUCCACAUUCCAUAAUGCUGGGACUUACUGUGGCAUCAAAUAUGCAGUCAGGAUUCUGUGGGAUGUUGAUACUGUUUUUCAUUUGGGAGAUCUGGCUCUGGCAAGAGCAGGUGACAUCCCAUAUCACCUUUCUCAAUGAAAAAAACCUCAUUCUACUUUCUCUGAGAACACCCUUUUCCAACUUUUGUUAGCAGUUACAUCUCCUGAUAUAGCACUUAAACUCCACUUAGUUAUUAUUUCUUUGUUCACUUUGCACAUGGUUUAAUCCACGUAUUGGGGAAGAGGAAUCCAUAAGAACUAGCUGGAAUGUGUGUUCUGUAUCCAUGUGUUAACAUUGAGAAUAAACCUUGGGAUUGGGAAUGGGGCAGAUAUCUGAGCCCGGUGUCACUCAUGGAUUACUCCUUCCCAUAGGGAAUGGUAAUGUUGUAGAGAGAUAAAUGGGAAGAGACGAUUAUAAAUCCAGGAAGUUGAGAAUCUAAUUCUAACUGUUGGCUCCUGAGAAAAGACUCCAUUGAAGUAGCAGUCAUUUUCUUUAGAUAAGAUGGUUUACAUGAAGAAAUGGUACCAAAGGAGGAGAAAACUGUAUCCUAAGGAGGAAAAAAUUAGUAGGAAUCUUUCUGGGCUUCUGGAAUGAGGCUUACAGGCUUUGAAGACCAGUGUUUGUAUGUGGGGAGAAACCAUAGCUGUGUUCAUGAGCUAGCAAAUAGCAGUCAGUUUUGGCGACAUGUAGGGUGAACCCCUAAGUAGUAUUUUAGCAUCAGAAAACACAGCCCAAAGAAGUUAUUUGUUCUGAGCUCUUUUGGUGAUAUUUUACGUUCAAUCUCAGGGUCUGUGGACAAAAAUGGGAAACUUUGAACAUUCCUGACAAGUUGUCACCUAAGGAGUCAAGUUCUUUACCUCUCAGAUAUUCCUAGACCAUCCAUGAUUUCAAGAUAUUUCUCUUUGUUAAGUAUUUCUGGUUGACCUAAAUGCCUUCCUGACUUCCUAACCACCUCCUCUGUUUGAGUUGUGCAACAGUGAAUUAAAUGUGGUUUCCAAAAAGAA